GUGACGUCAAGGCGAAGUGGAGUGAGCCCGAAAACGUCAACAAAUGCAGAACGUAAACAAACGAGAUGGCUGACACUCCUGGCCCAUCGAACCUUGUCUUGCAAGAAAAUGUUGAAAAUAAGGAAAAUAUGGACCUGGAAUUCGAGCCCGAGAAAAAGAAAGCUAAAUUAGAUAUUCCAACAACAGAAAAAGACCACAAAUUAGAAGAUCGCCUGAGUGGAAUUCUGUGCUGCGCAGUUUGUCUGGACCUGCCACGAAUAUGUUUCCAGUGUACCAAUGGACACCUAAUGUGUGCCGGCUGUUAUAACCAUCUCCUUGCCGACGGACGCCUGAAAGACGAGAGCUCAACUUGUCCCAACUGUCGCUGUGAGAUCAGCAAGUCGUCCUGUACCCGGAACCUGGCCGUGGAGAAGGCUGUGUCAGAGCUGCCCAGUUCCUGUCAGUUCUGUGCCUGUCUGCUGCCACGGAAUCUACUCAGCCACCAUGAGCGAGAGCAGUGUCAGGAGAGGCUGUCAACAUGUAAAUACUCACGCAUCGGUUGUCCCUGGAAAGGCCCCAACCACGAGCUGAAAGAACACGAGAAGGGUUGUCACCAUCCCAACAAGUCGGGGGACGACAUUAUGGAGGCUGUCGCCUGUAUUGACCAGCAGGCAAAGGAUGCGACGCAGCUCUACAGCAGGAUCUUCGCUCUCCUCUCUUGUGAAAAAAUUACCUUCAAUGACCUACAACUGAAGCCAUACAGAACAGACGACUUCAUAACAAAGCUGUUCUACGAGACAAGUAGAUUCUCUGCAUUUAAUCAUCAAUGGGUGAUCAAGGCACGCAUCAAUAAUGACCAGAAGAACCCUGCCCUGACCACUGACAGAAGCAUGUCCUACCAGCUGGUCCUGAAGGGCAAGGCCAGCCAGCCCAUCAACAUCAGCUUCAUCGCUCUCAAGGGACCAUACGGAGAGAUGCUCAUUAACCCAGUCGUGUACAGUCAGGAGUUUUCCAAUGAAAAUCCAGAGACGGAGUACAAGGAUCUCCCCAUACACAACUCUACAGAGUGUAACAAGCUGCUGGCUUCCAAAACCAUCAAUAUGCGACUCAUUAUGGUGCUCAGUAGUUCGUCAUGAUUGUAGUUCACAUCGGUCUUGACAUUUUAAUGUAUCUCCAUAUGUUCCAAUUCAUUUGCAUUUUCCGUUAAUGUUACUCAAGUAAGCCCUUAUCUGACCUCAAAAUACCUUUGUUUUUUAUUUAUUCUGUAGAGCCUUCAGACAAAUCUAUGCUCAAGUAAUCUUCUGAAUUUGUGGGAGGGGAAACCAUACCUUUAGAUGUAUCGUGAGGGUCGGUAGAAAACAAAAAAAAAUACCAGAACGUCAGAUGUAUUGUGGGGUCAGGUUUGGUUUUACAUGAUUAAACAUUAUCCAAAAUGUAACUUAUAUUAUGAAUACAUUUUUACCUUCCAAACAAAAGUGGCAUUAUUCUCUUGGUGGAAUUUUAUUUGAGGAUGUUUUAAUAAUUAAAUGAAAAAAAAGAAGUUAAGGUUACAUAAUGAUAUUGGAUUGGGUGAUGCUAUCUUUGUUGAUCCAUUUUUUGGUUGUCUGGAAAAUUCAAAUGAGAACUAGGAAAUUUUACUUAAUUUGAGAUAGUCUGUGGAAGGCUUACUUUCAGAAAUACAUGCUAUAUUGUCCAGAAAACACGCUUUCAUAUAUUGCAUUAGGAACAUAUUUAGUUCUUGCUUCAAUUUCAUAUCCUAGAAAGAAAAAAAUACACUUUUCCAGAAAUCAAAGUGUCUGGACUAACAAGAUUUCAAUAGUCAUGUUUGGGUUUUUUCCAAAUAAUUUAUGACAAGUGUUGUCGAAGUUAGUAAAAACAUUUGUUGUAUAUAUAUUAUCAGAGAUAUUGCCACAUUAUCGUCUUUCAAAGUCAGUGUGUAUAACUAGUUCAUUGUUUACACUGUUUUGUGUGUAGUUUGUUGGGUCAUGUAUCAUGUUCAGUUAUACCCAGAUAUCAACCAAGUAUUAGUAAAGUUUGUUAAAAUGCAAGAAAAAAAAUCCUUAUUUCAUGAUUGAUAAAAGAAAAGGAAAAAAUUACAGAUUCAUUUAAAUACAGGUAAAUAUUUUGUUUGUCUAAAUUACCGUAGUGUAUACAUUGUACAUGCCAUGGAGAUUAAUUCCUCAAGAGAACUGGGUAUUUGUUAUUACUAUGUGAUAAAUACAAAAGAUGUAUUUAUUAGGAUUUUUUUGAUCUGGAAAUGAAAUGUGAUGGGGUUUUAUUUCGUGUUUUAAAAAGAUUAUUUGUUAAUUUGUUCCUUGAGAAGGAGUACUGUUAAUAGACUCUAAGAAUACUUUUGUUAUCAGUUAAGAGUAGCAUUUAAGACUUUGUUUUGUAUGUUUUUACGGUUUUAUUUUGGACCUUGUACUUGAUCCUCCUGUGUAUUGUAACGGGUACUGCCAAUUUUAAUGUUCUGGUUUACACUGUACCAGAUGUAUAGCAUCGUUAUAUCGGUGUGUUGGACCUUGUAUAUUGUGUAUAAAACAAACCCUAUUUAAGUAGAUAUUAGAUUUUGCUUGUAUUACCAGUGUGGCAGUUCACAGCAGCCUGAAAUACUUGACAUUAGUAUUUAUAGUUAGUAUAUCCUGGACUAGUGCUUCACCCGCAGUAAAUGGGGCGAUAGCAAUUAGUCACCCACCUGUUCCCUGUAAAGCUCUGCCAGUAUCACGUGAUCCCUUAUAAUUGAGGAAAAUAUUAAACAGUUUUUAAAAUUCUUUUGGACACCUUCUGUGUUGAUAUUUUGAAACAGAAAUUUAGUACUUCAAUUUAUUCAAAUUCAUAAAAUAUUAGAAGUUUUGAAAUAAAAAAUAAGUUAAAAUGGUCCAAAUUGAGUUCCAGUAAUUUUGUUUUUGUAGAGCAAGGCUGGUCCAAGACAUUGGAAUAAUGGGAACAACUCAAAAAUUUAAAAAACAAUAUUGUAUAUAGUUUUACAUAGUAUUUACCAUGGAUUGUAGUAUGUAUUGUUGAAUACCUCUGUUGGUUGUCAGAUUGUUAAAUGGAAGAAUGUCUGUCAGUUUUGAGAUAUAUUUUAGAAUUGUGUAAAAAAAAUAUAAUGUUGAAAAUAACAUACGAAUGAGAGCGGUCACCACCAAGUUCUACACAUCAAGGCCAUGUAAUAUAACAAAAGUUUGCUGAAAAGCUCUACAUUUUGAUUUUCACAAAUACGUUAAAAAAGUUGCAAACAAUUUUAUUUCAUAAAAAAAAUAUUGUUGUAAUAGUCAAGUCCACAUCGAUAUAAAUUACAUUUCACGGGUGUGGUGAAGGUAAUAGACAGAAUUUGACCAAUUGCACAACAGCACCUGACAAUUGUAGUACAAGAUGGAGUUUCAAUAAAUAUAUUCAACUGAAAAA